GCGAACACCUGGAUACAGGAAAUGCAGGAGGACGACUGGAAAAUCGAAUGCUUACAAUUGUGCAUGGCCCUGACCUGGUCAAUAUAUCUUACUUGAAUUUAGUAGCUGCUCAGGAAGAAAUAGCAAAGGAAUGGUCAGAAGAAGUCUUCAGCCUGGCAACAAACCUGUUGGCACAGAACAUGUCCAGGGAUGCUUUUCUGGAAAAAGCGUACACAAAACUUAAAUUGCAAGUCACUACAGAUGGGCGUAUCCCUUUGAAGAACAUUUAUCGCUUAUUCUCCUCUGACAGAAAGCGUGUUGAGACUGCACUGGAAGCUUGUAAUCUUCCAUCUGCUAGAAAUGAUUCCAUUCCUCAAGACGACUUCACUCCAGAAAUAUACAGGGAGUUUUUGAGCAACUUUUGUCCUCGACCUGAAAUUGACCACAUCUUCCUAGAACUAGGGGCAAAGAGCAGACCGUAUCUAACUGUUGACCAGAUGAUGGAAUUUAUAAACUUCAAGCAGCGAGACCCAAGGUUAAAUGAAAUUCUCUAUCCGCCCUUGAAGCAAGAACAGGUUCAACAACUGAUUGAAAAAUAUGAACCCAAUAAUAGUUUGGCAAAGAAAGGACAGAUAUCAGUGGAUGGAUUUAUGAGAUACUUAAGUGGAGGAGAAAAUGGAGUUGUUCCACCUGAAAAACUGGAUUUGAAUGAAGAUAUGAGCCAGCCUCUGUCUCACUAUUUUAUCAAUUCCUCACAUAAUACCUACCUCACAGCUGGGCAGCUAGCCGGCAACUCUUCUGUAGAGAUGUAUCGUCAAGUGCUAUUGUCUGGUUGCCGCUGUGUUGAGCUGGACUGCUGGAAAGGCCGAACUGCUGAAGAGGAGCCGGUCAUUACACAUGGAUUCACCAUGACAACGGAAAUAUCCUUUAAGGAAGUCAUAGAAGCUAUUGCUGAAUGUGCAUUUAAGACAUCUCCUUUCCCUAUACUCCUGUCUUUUGAGAAUCAUGUGGAUUCCCCUAAACAGCAGGCAAAAAUGGCAGAAUAUUGUAGAUUAAUAUUUGGAGAUGCUUUGCUGAUGGAACCACUAGAAAAAUACCCACUCGAACGUGGAAUUCCACUUCCUAGCCCAGCAGACCUGAUGUACAAAAUUAUGGUGAAGAACAAAAAGAAGUCCCACAAGUCUGUGGAUGGCAGCGCAAAAAAGAAGCUUUCUGAACAAGCUUCAAAUGCAUGCAGUGAUGCAUCCAGCAGCUUUGAACCCUCUUCCCCAGGAGCAGGUGAAGCAGAAAUGGAGAGUGAUGAUGAUGAUGACUAUGAUGAUGACCUCAAAAAAUCAUCAAUGGAGGAAGGGACAGCUGGAAGUGAGGCCAUGGCUACUGAGGAAAUGUCAAACUUAGUCAAUUAUAUACAGCCUGUAAAGUUUGAGUCAUUUGAGACCUCUAACAAACGAAACAAGAGUUUUGAAAUGUCUUCCUUUGUGGAAACCAAAGCACUUGAACAGCUCACAAAAUCUCCUGUCGAGUUUGUGGAAUAUAAUAAAAUGCAGCUGAGCCGAAUUUACCCAAAAGGGACACGUGUUGAUUCCUCAAAUUACAUGCCUCAGCUGUUCUGGAAUGCAGGCUGUCAAAUGGUUGCUCUUAACUUCCAAACUGUAGAUUUGUCUAUGCAAAUAAAUAUGGGGAUGUAUGAAUAUAAUGGCAAAAGUGGAUACAGACUAAAACCAGAGUUCAUGAGAAGACCAGACAAGCAUUUUGAUCCAUUUACGGAAAGUAUUGUAGAUGGAAUAGUUGCAAACACUUUGUCUGUGAAGGUCAUUUCUGGGCAGUUUCUUUCUGACAAAAAAGUUGGAACUUACGUCGAAGUGGAUAUGUUUGGUCUGCCUGUGGAUACAAGAAGAAAAGCUCUCAAGACAAAGACAUCUCAAGGCAAUGCUGUGAAUCCUGUAUGGGAAGAAGAAGCCAUAGUGUUUAAGAAGGUGGUCCUGCCUUCUCUAGCAUGCUUGAGGAUAGCUGCUUAUGAAGAAGGAGGAAAGUUUAUUGGACAUCGGAUAUUACCAGUAUCAGCAAUUCGACCAGGUUAUCAUUAUAUUUGCCUGAGGAAUGAAAGGAAUCAGCCCUUGAUGUUGCCAGCCAUAUUUGUGUGCAUUGAGGUUAAGGAUUACGUACCUGAUACCUACGCAGAUGUUAUUGAGGCAUUAUCUAAUCCAAUCAGAUACGUAAACCUGAUGGAGCAGAGAGCAAAACAACUGGCAGCACUGACUCUAGAGGACGAAGAAGAAGUAAAGAAGGAGGCAGAACAAGGAGAUGUACCUUCAGAAGCUCACAAUGAACCUAAACCUACACCAGCAGAAAAUGGAGUAAAUUGCACUACAUCUCUCACCCCUAAACCUUCUACUCAGGUUGUUCCAAGCCAACCAACACUGGGUUCUGUGAAAGUUCCAGCCAAAACAGAAGAUCUGAUUCAGAGUGUCCUGACAGAAAUUGAAGCACAAACCAUUGAGGAGCUAAAGCAACAGAAGGCAUUUGUGAAACUUCAGAAGAAGCACUACAAAGAAAUGAAGGAUCUUGUGAAGAGACAUCACAAAAAAACAACGGAUCUUAUAAAAGAGCAUACUACAAAAUACAAUGAAAUUCAAAAUGAUUAUCUGCGGCGAAGGGCAGUGCUGGAGAAAACAGCUAAAAGAGACAGUAAGAAAAAAAGUGAAACUGGCAGCCCAGAUCAUAGCCCUUCAACUGUUGAGCAAGAGUUAGCUGCCCUUGAUUCAGAAAUGACACAGAAGUUAAUAGAGCUCAAAGAAAAACAACAGCAACAGCUACUGAAUCUUCGACAAGAACAGUAUUACAGUGAAAAGUACCAGAAACAAGCACAUAUCAAAUUGCUUAUACAAAAGCUGACAGAUGUAGCAGAAGAAUGCCAAAGCAAUCAACUAAAGAAGUUGAAAGAGAUUUGUGAAAGGUAAAGACUA